AUGUCGCUUGCCUAUGUUGUAACAGGUGCUUCUCGUGGCCUUGGUCUUGAAUUUGCUAAUCAAUUGGCUGCCAAGGGUCAUACUGUCCUUGCAUGCGCUCGCAAUCCUGCUAAUGCUGCUGGCUUGCAGAAAUUACUUGAACACAAACACUGUCAUGCCAUCACAAUGGACACAACAGAUCUGGAUUCUAUCAAGGCUGCGGUUGAACAGAUGUCAGAAUAUGCCCCUCAAGGUAUCGAUGUUUUGAUCAAUAACGCUGGUAUUGGUGGGGAAAAAUCAACCAGGCCCGAGAAUCUAUUGGACACUGAUUUAACAACUCUCUUUCAAACAAAUGUGGUUGGUGUAUCCAACGUGACAAAGGAACUAUUGCCAUUACUUCGAUUAAGAGGUAAAGAUCAUGUGAAGAAGAUCCUCAACAUGUCAUCUAUCAUUGGGUCUAUUGAACUCAUCAAUCAAGUGGCGCCAAAGAAUGGUCAACCUGCCUGUAGUAUAUCGAAAGCUGCCCUAAAUAUGUACACUAAAAUGCUGGCAAAUAACCUCGCAAAAGAGAAUUUCAUUGUAUACGCUAGUUAUCCCGGGUGGUGUGCUACUGAUUUAGGCGGCAAGAAUGCACCUGUAAAGGUCAAGGAUUCUAUCCUGGGUCAAUUGGCCAAGCUCGACAGUGCCACUGCCAAAGAUAAUGGCGGUUUCUUUGAUUUCAAAGGAAAGAGUUUACCCUGGUAA